UGAUUCCACUCUCGCGCAGCUGAGUGUCGGCAGCUUCAAAGCUCAGCAUCACUUUCUUCCUUCCCUGUCACCGCACCACGAUUCCGCGAGGUUAGACCGGUCGCUCCUCAUCUCAGCGCGCCUGACCGUGCGCACCCGCGCCAGGCAAGCGACCCGCCGGGACACGGAAAAGAGGUUUAAAAGGGAGGGCUGCGGAGGAGACGGCAAAUGCUGAAGACCCGCGGCAGGUGGCCCUAGACCCCGACGGGGAGGGAGACAAGCAGAGCAGUGAUGGGACAGUUUUCCAGAGGAUGCUGCUGGAGUUUUGCCACCCUCCUGCUUCUUGGUUUGCAAGUCUCGGCCGCCUUAGCUCGAGGUCUUAGAGGUGAAGCCCUGCAGCAUGGCCAGUCUGGGACCCUGCCCCGAUUCUUGGAGGAGCCUGUCGAUGCCUACAUUAUCAAAAGUAACCCUAUCAAGCUCAGGUGUCAGGCACGACCAGCACUCCAAAUCUUCUUCAAGUGCAACGGUGAAUGGGUCCACCAGAGCCAGCAUAUGUCUCAAGAGCACACAGAUGUCGUGACAGGGCUGAAGAUCCGCGAAGUGAUGAUCAACGUGUCACGUCAGCAGGUGGAGGACUUUCACGGCCCGGAGGAUUACUGGUGUUUGUGUGUCGCCUGGAGUCACCUGGGAACCUCCAAGAGCCGCAAGGCAAGCGUCCGGAUUGCCUACCUCAGAAAGAACUUUGAGCAGGACCCCCAGGGCAUCGAGGUGCCUCUGAACGGCAUGAUUGUUCUGCACUGCCGUCCCCCAGAGGGAGUGCCAGUGGCUGAGGUGGAAUGGCUUAAAAACGAAGAGCCUCUGAAUGUUGGUAAUGAUGGCUUGAUUAGUAAAAAUGGUGACCAUGAUCUAAUCAUCUCAGAGGCCCGCCUCUCUGACUCUGGGAACUACACAUGUGUUGCCAGCAACAUCGUCGCCAAGAGACGUAGUGCCACAUCUAUGGUUGUAGUCUACGUGAAUGGAGGCUGGUCUUCAUGGAGCGACUGGUCCGACUGUAGCGUGCGCUGUGGGCGGGGCGUGCAGAAACGGUCACGAACCUGCACAAAUCCAGCUCCUCUAAACGGCGGUGCCUUCUGCGAGGGCAUGUCAGUGCAGAAGAGCACGUGCAACACAGUGUGUCCAGUCGAUGGAGGGUGGGGGGAGUGGAGCGAGUGGUCUGUGUGUAGCUCAGACUGCGAUAGGCACCGCAGCAGAGAGUGCACGGCUCCUGAACCCAAACAUGGAGGACGGCUCUGUGAUGGGUUCCCUUUGGCUGCGGAAAACUGCACAGGCGGCCUCUGUACACAGAAUCGAAAGUUGCUUCAUGAUGCAAAGCCACAGGGAGUGGAAAGAACCAGUGACGUAGCCCUGUACUCAGGCUUGGCUGCAGGGGUGGUGACCGUGGUGCUGCUGAUCAUCGCCGUCACUCUGUAUCGGCGGAGCCAAAGUGACUAUGGGGUGGAUGUCAUCGACUCCUCUGCCCUCACUGGGGGCUUUCAGUCUUUCAGCUUCAAGACGUCUCGUCAAGCAAACCCCCUGCUCAUUAAUUCCUCCAUGCAGCCUGAUCUGACAGUGUCCCGUACAUAUACCAGCCCCAUAUGUUUCCAGGACUCUAUUGACAAGGAGUUAAUGGCAGAGCACUCACUCCUCGACCCGCUGCCUGAUCUUAAAGCAAAAGGGACGACAGAAAGGGCAGAGUACCACGUUAUGUCCCACCCUCAGACAUUUCCACGGGGCUUGGCCCCAGACUACAGAGGGGUUGCAGUGGGGACAACACUGGGCAGGAGAAGCAAAAACCUUUUCACUCCACGGGUCUUUCAGACGCUCAGCAGGCCUCUGCAUAAAGCAACGGCAGUGUUUGGCCAUGCUGGAGGCAGGCUGGUGGUACCCAACACAGGUAUCAGUCUGUUGGUGCCUCACGGGGGGAUCGCAGAAGACACUACCUGGGAAAUGUACAUGAGCAUCAACCAGGAGGACAGCAGCACUAUGCCGGAGGAUGGGGCAGAGAUCUUUCUGAGUCCUGCAGUCACCUAUGGUCCUCCAGGCCUCGACCUGUCCUGCCCAAUAGCCAUGACCAUAGCACAUUGUGCCGAGGUCGCUGCUGAUAACUGGAACAUCAGGUUAAAGAGACAAAUCCAGGACAGGUGGGAGGAAGUGAUGUCGGUGGAUGAGGAGAGCACAUCCUGCUACUGUCUGCUCGAGGCCCAGAGGUGCCACUUGCUGUUGGAGCAGCCGGGUCGUUACGCUCUGAUGGGGGAGGCGCUGAACCAGGAGGCAGCCAAGCGACUCAGGCUUGCCGUCUUUGGCAGUCCAGAUCCAAGUAACUCCCUGGGUUUCUGUCUCAGGGUGUACUGCGUGGACGACACUCCCUAUGCUUUUCAGGAGGUAGUCGUAGGGGAGCGCAGAAGAGGUGGAAGGCUCCUUGAAGAACCUAAAAUGAUGCUGUUUAAGGGAAACACUUUCAGCCUCCAGGUGUCCAUCCAGGACGUCCCACGGUUACUGUGGAGCAUCAAGCCUUUUACCACCUGCCAGGAGUUCUCCUUUUCUCAGGUGUGGGCCAGUAACCGGAGUCCCCUGCAGUGUGCCUUCUCUUUGGAGCGAUAUAACCUCUCCCCGUCUCAGCUUUCCUGCAAGAUCAGCGUGCGGCAGGUCACAGGAGAGGAGCAGAUACUCCAGAUCUACACAUCUGUUGUGGAGAAUGAAAAAGGAGUGGCCCCCUUUUUCACUCAGUCCGACUGCACCAUCACCUCUCAGACAGGGUCAAAGGCCUUCAAAAUCCCCCCAUCCAUCCGUCAGCGGAUCAGCGCCACCUUUGACACGGCUAAUGCCAACGGGAAGGACUGGCAGCUGCUGGCUCAGAAGCUCCACAUAGACAGGAACCUGGGCUACUUUGCAUGCCAGGAGAGCCCAUCCUCAGUGAUUCUGAGCCUGUGGGAAGCCCAGCACCAGGACUCUGGAGACCUUGACUCUCUGGCCAGUGCACUUGAGGAAAUCGGAAAAGUUCAGUCCCCCAGGGAAGCCGGCACCCUUGGCUGCAGUAAAGAAGACUGUGAACUGACGAGACUUGGGUAGGGAGGGUCUACAGCCGAGCAAGUCAUGACAAACCUUUACUGCAUGAACACCAGUGACCAGGUGUGCUGAGUUACCCACUGAGAGGAGGAGACUGUUACUAAAGGAACACCUCUGCUAAACCAAAUGGUCCAUACAGACACAACAAAGUCGAGAACGGAUCAAGACAUGAGUAUUUGUGUUAUAAGAGGCACUAAUGUAUUUUGGGAAAGGUGAUCAGUAACGUAGUAAACCAUCAAUAAUUGAGAAUUAUCCGCAAAAGCUCUAAAUCUCAACUCAAUCACUCAUAGUCGGUGAUUUUUAGAUGUCUGUGUGAAGAGUUCCCUUCAGUUGGAUGAAGUAGGUAUCAAACACGUCUUUCCAGAACCAGAUGUAAUCAGAUAAUCAACAAGGCCAGUACAAUAAAAAAGUAUUCUCUCAUUUAUUUUAUAGAUUUCUGAGGAAACUUAUUUUCUUCAUUGUAUAUUUAAUCGGUUUAAAGAAGAAAAAGUAAGACGUUUUUUCUCUCCAUUCCAGAAGGUCAGAGACACUAACUGGGAUUAGUAUCUGAAAGGACACAUGUCCACAUGAUGAGGAGAUAAUAGAUGGAUGAAUCACGCUGAUAGCUGUAAUUUUAAGAAUCAGCCACAAGCAUGCAGGAACAUUUUCAGCCCUUGCAGACAAAGAAAAAUAUCAAAGCAGAGGCUGCAGAGGAGGAACAGGCUGAUCUGUGGCUCAUCUGGAAAUCCAGCCAGAGGUGAACCACAUCCCUGCUGAGUUCAAGUAAUCAGCAUCUGGUUAAUUUAAAGCAAAUUCAAUGUGUGACGUGUGACUUCAUCCUCCAAAGCCACUGCAAAGCCUUCAUAUUUCUGGUGUGUAUUUCCAAGACCCCUGGGGCUUUUUUUUUUUUUCCUCUUUCCUAUAUGUUGAAUUAAAAUUUGGACUUUUGAUGUGUGGCUUGAGUGGAUCAGCUUCUUCAGCGUCUAGAGUUUAUCAAAUAGCCAGCCAUCCUCAACUUCACCUUCUGCUGACUCAGCAAAACCGUCUUUCUUGAUUUUAAAAAAAGGUCCCCACAGUCAGUGGCCCCAGGUGGCCCUAAGCUUAAUAAAGCCACUUUUCCGUUGAAUUCAAUGUCGGGACUCCCUUCCCAUCUGUUAAGUUAAUUCACUUCUGGCCGACCAGGCAGCCCACAUUACAGUGCAGCUAAGAAAUCUGGAGGGACUUUGAAAACUGCUUUCAAAUAAAAGAUGUAACAGAGAGCCCCACAGAGUGCAAUGAUAUCACACAGAAUAGGUUCAUAAAGUAUUAUCCAACCUUAUUGGUACUGUUGGUAAAUAUGUUUAAAAAGCCUUGAAAUCAAUGUUUCUUUUAUUUUAGCCAAACAUUUCCGUAUUAAAAAACAACUUAUGUUAAAUAACGGAAAGAAAA